AUGAGGGGCCACAAACAGAUUGCGGACAUUGAUGGCGGCUUCUUGGCCAAUCGUCAACAAUCUGUCUUUGAGCACAUCGAGCGUGGCCUUUUGAAGAAGCCUCACCAUCCUGCUGUCAUAUGUAUGCACCAGCCUUACGGUCAUUUUGAUCAAUACAUAGGUUCCGAUCCUGGAGUCGACGGCAUCAAAUGCGGUGCCGUCGGCUACGGUGACGUGACGGGCUCUCUGACACUUACGUACAUGCAGCUUCAUGUUGCGGGGCUUAAGCUUGCGAAGGGCCUGAUUGGCCUUGGAGCCCAAUCCGGCGCGAAUUUGUUAUGCAUGCUUCAUAACAGCGGUGAAUACGCGUCGUUGAUGUGGGCAGGCGCCAUUGCAAGGCUGACACACUCAGCUGUCGAUCCCGCCGUGCUUGAACCUGGCAAAGGGGACGAACUACAAAGCUAUUUGGAGAUCUUGAAGCCCACAGCGGUGGUCGUUCCCAGUUCACGUCACAUAAAGGCAGUUGAGCAUGCUGCCAAUCAACUAGGAUUCAGCAUCGAGCUUGGAGUCUAUCUCGAACACGAGGAGAAAAUACACAUACCCAGUCAUUGGAACUCUUUGCGCAAGAUCAUGGACCGCGGUGCGAUACACAAAGUCUCUGGCGACCAGGAGCUUCUGAAGAAGGCGAAAUGCGAUGAUCCAAGCCGCAUAAAUUCCAUCAUGUUUACAUCUGGUACAUCAGCUGGUCGUCCUAAAGGAUGUCCUUUAAGUGUGGCAUCCCAGACGCACGCACUCGAGUCACAAUCAUGGCUUAUCAACAAGGACAACUCUACCCUUGUUCUACAGCAGGCGCAUAACUCAAAGGCCAUUGCACUGCUCCACACACUGCUCACAUGGCAGGCUGGCGGUGCUCUUGUAAUGCCGACCGGAUCCAGCUUCUCACUCGAUCACACAGUUGACGCUAUUCUGUACCAUAAAGUGACUUUUGUGGCUCUUUCACCAGCACUGGUCCAUACCAUUGAAGAAUCAUUCUUGUCCCGAGGAGCAAAACCAGGAGACUGGGAUCACGUGCGGACGAUCCAGGUAGGUGGCGAUGCCGUCACCCGGGAGGUUCUGGUGAAAUGCUCGACUCUGUUUCCACGGGCGGAGGUACUUGUCAACCAUGGGAUGAGUGAGGGAGCAGGGGUAUUCACCUGGCCCUUCAACGACCGUCCCAUCGACAAGGUUCCUUUCUUUGCCGACACUAUAAGCCCUGUAGGUGUCGUGUCUCGGGGGGCGCGCGUCCUGAUCUGGGAUUCUAAAAGAGGCGCCGCUGCGCCUUACGGGCAGCCUGGUGAAAUGCUGGUCUGUUCACCCAGCCUCAUUCGAGGAUAUGUUGGGGGCGACGAACAUGAUAACCAGGUGUUUUACCAGGAUAAACAGGGCCGCCAUUGGAUGAAGACGGGUGAUAUGGCUCUCAUGAAUGCAGACGGACUAUUUUACGUCUUGGGCCGAAGCAAGCACGCAAUCCAUCGUGCAGGGUUUGCCAUAAUACCUGCGGUGGUUGAGAGCUGUAUUGAGAAGCUUACAGGUGCACAGGCCAGCGUCGUCGCUGUAUCCAGCCAAAUCUAUGGAUAUGAGCCAUUUGCGGUGCUUCGCAGCCUAGAGGGGUUUGCCGCAGAGGAUAUUGUACACCAUGUGAAACAAUGCUUGGGAAGAGAAUACGCACUUUUGGGCGUUGCAUCGCUUGCACAGGUUGGAUUGAAAGAGUUUCCUGUCAACGCCACGCAUAAAGUUGUCAAAAACGAUGUUGAAAAGGCCGUUAGAGAAAUGAUAGAUCACAAGUAA